UUUGUUCUAAAACCAAAAUCAUGUUCACAACCUACAUAAAGAAUCUGAAUGAUAUGGUAUUUUCUACGUCUGAGAGCCCUCAGGAGCAGCCAAGUACUGGGGUCUUGGGUCGUAUUGGGAGCUGGUUCUCUCCUUGGAGGGGAAAGGGUCCGACGAGUCCCACUGAAAAUGCCUCCCCUACUAGCGAUCAGGCUUUUAAGUCAGAAGGAGAAGAGGAGAGUGGGGAGACUGUGAUACCCCAGGCAGGAGAACAACAGUGGGAGGAGGUGAAGGAACAGAGCUCCAGUCCCAAACAACAAAGUCUAACCAGAGACAUUUUCCCCUGUGAAGAGGAGGACGCCACGCAGUCUGCCCACAGAGACGGCUCCGUUGUGAGCAGCACUGAGACAGCAGAAGGAGGUCCAAAAGAGGAGGAGUUUGUGGAGUGCAGGAAGAAAAGAACAGGGCAGGGCCAGGAGAGAGAGGAGAGCAGCAACAGUAUUUCAGCGGGCGGGAAUCCUGAGAAGAAUGCCAGUCAUCUGACACAUCUCUCUUCUUCUUCUGAGCAGGGACUGGUAUGGGACUCUAGCCAGGCCCAAACCCACCCUCGGGCCCAGAGACAAGCACAGGCCCAGACAAGCAAAAGGUUCCAUGUGUACCUGGAGGAGACCAGUGUGAUUCAAUGCGGCCAAGACAGCUGUGCUAGACAGGAAGUUGUCCGAACCAAAGUCACAAAAAGCCUACAGGUCCUCUCCAGGGUAAAGUCAUCACCAAGUUUUGAUUUACCAAAGGACUCAAGUUCAACAAGAGCAGAAAACAAGACAACUGUGAGGCCCGCUGUUGGGACACAGAGUUAUUACAGUGCCCAAGUGGGAGAGUCACUGAAAUCACACAACGACUCACAGUUAGAGCCUGAAACUGAUAAAGAACAAACAGAAAUAGACAACAUGGGGCGUAAAAACGCAGCCAGAAGGAGAUCGAGGAAAAAUUCUCAGGGAGAUGGAGGGAACAGCCCCCAGGAAAAGACACCUCCCAAUACCCAACCUGUCCUAGAGGGAUUCCCUACACCAGAGAACUCAGUGACGUGUCCUCAGGGCAAAAGUCCACUGACUGAUGUGGGAGAGUCAUCUGUAAACUCCUCCUCCAAGCACAGCCCCACCUCUGAGGCCUCACCUGGUGGAGGGGCGAGUAAGACUUCCUGCCCAGAUACAGUAAAGCAGUUGGACAACUUCCAGGAUUCAAACUCAGUCAUUGCAGCCACUCUAACACGUGUGGCAGACAUGGAUGACGAUGACGAUCUUGACAAAGUUGAAAGGAAGACAGAGACACCAGAGUCCAAACGCAGGAGUAUGAAGAUUUCUCGAAGUGAGGUGAAGCUUUUCACAAAAUAUGUGCCUUUGAAUCCUAAGCAAAGUCCAGCAGGAGACAGCCAGGAUUUUACGCCAACAGUAAAGAAUACCAAAGAUGAAGCAAACAAGCCCAAAACAGAGAUUGAUGCAAGACUACAUAACCUGGAAAAGAAAGUGGAGGAGCCUAAACCUGUCGUCAGCCGGAUUUCAGAAAAAAUCAGCCUCUUUGACUGCCCCGCAAGUGGGGUCAACAAGCUGACCUUCCGAACUCCGAGGAGUGCUGACAUCUCUCCAGUCAGGAAAGCCACGGAGAGGCAGAAAGAAAAUGUUGUUUUGUCAGAUCAGAGGUCAAGAUCAGCUGAAUGUUACGGCAUGGCCAGCUCCAGCUCUGCAUCCCCUGUCAGAGAGAAGCCGAUGGCGUUCAAGGAGCGAGCAAGGAACUUCACCGAGGCAUCUAAAACCGAGGACAGGGUAGCACUGCCUCAAAUGUCUCAAAAGUCCACUUCAUCUGUGGUAGCUGCUGCAUCAAAGUCACCAGAACUGGACAAUCAGGGUAAACAAGAUGGAAAGGAGCUGACACAUUCAAAAGCAAUGACAGAGAUAACACUGAAACCAGAAAGACCAGAUACCACUUCUGUAGGGGGAGAUAUUUCCAUUCAUAAAGAACAGCCAACAGACUCUAAAACAAAGGAAACAGUGGCCUCAAAAACAGCAGACCAAGGUACAAAACCUAACAGUGUUGAAACAGAUGUUCCAGCUAAAGGGCCAGGUGAUUUGGCAGAACUGAAUGAUAACAUUAGCCCACAGUCCAAAGGCCCAAGCAGAACAGGUACUCGCUCUAAAAGAAGAAAAAGUAGGGAACCAACCAGUCCCAUCAGCCCAAAUAGUGAAAACAAACCAGACUGCUCUACAAGUAAACUAAAGAUCACUUCUAUAAAACAAGAACAGCUAGAUGAUACAGGGGAGACUUCCUCUGUCUCCAAACAACUCACAGAGAAAGUCUCAUUAUCGUCAUUGUCUGAUACCAAACAGAGAGCUUCUAAAAAGGAAAUGAAGGUGUUAGACAAACAGAAGAAACAGUUAGAUUUGUCAUUAAAAAAGGAGAAUAUUGACAAACCAGUCAACAGAGAGGAGGGAACUGAACCAUCUGUCAACAAAGAUGAACCUGAUACUUCUGCUUGGAGCAGUGGAAUAAAGACACCUGACAAGGAUCCCGUUAUUUUACCCCAAAAGGAGAAAAUGGCAGGGGGACACAACCUUGCAUUCACACAGGAGAGGGAAAAGGCCUCCAAGGACAGCAGAGAAACUUCAGCCUCCUCCCCCUCACCUGCGGUUGAACGACCUAUUGAGAAAACUCCUUCGAUGGAGCAAGACCAACCUGUUGAAUGUCCCAGUUUAGAUAAAGAAUUGUCAUUGCAGUCAGAACCAAAAAGUAAAGGAAAAGUAAUGGAACCCAAUAAAAAGCAGGACACAGGGCAAACACAGCAACCCCUAAACAAGGACACAGAACUAAUAAAUCAGGCUGAGAGUAAAGACGUGGUGAAAGUACAAAAGGUGGAGAGCGCACAAACUAAUCAGACUGAGAAGAAAGACAAAGAAAAACCACAGCAGCUCCUAUGUUCAGAUAAAAAUACCUCAAAGGCUGAGGUUUCAGACAGUGGGCAAGGUAUCUCAGGGACAGACAGGAGUGUUGCUAAGGAGGAUAAAAGAAAAAAUGCUGAAAGAAAAGAAAAGAUAUGGCCCAUUAAAGACAUAACAAAACCAGAAACCAACCAAACAGAACCAGCCUCUGAGUCCUCUGAAAGGACGAGUGCAUCAUCAGACCUCGCUCAAACACAACAUGUCACACAGACGACGACUGCACAUCAACAGAAAGCUGCCAUUAGUGCUGUCACCCAGACUAAUGAGGCUGUGCGUAAGACCAACGGCGAUAAAGGGCCUUCGAAGGGAGAGACGACAACAAAUGUGCCUCCUGAGUUGCAAACAGAGUCUACAGAAAGCCCUGGAACAGAAACAGAGCCAGUGGUGACUGCAGCAGAGCCACAGCCUAAUUCUGUAUCUGUGGAAAAAACGGAGAAUUCACCAGAUGACUCAUGUGCACAUGGAGCUAAUGAUGCUGAGUUAUCCAGCUCAAAGCAUAUUACCAAAGCAACUACAGCAGUAGUGACUGUAAAAUCUGCAAAUGACACUCCCUCGCUGGUAACUGCACAGGCCAAGAAAGAAUCUUCUGUUAAAGAGCUCACUCCAAUAUCUGACUCUAAAUCUGUCAGCAGGGAGGGAGCUGGGAAGAACGAUGGGAAAAAAAGUUCAGCUGUCAAAUUAGUGCCCCCAGAAGUCAAAACCUCAGGAAGUGUCAUGAAACUCACCCCUGGCCCCCCACAGUGUGAGGAAUCAAAAAAUACAGUGAGCACAAGUGAUAUCGCUUCACUCGAGGUCGCUGACAAAAAUGCACAGCGGCCUUCUAGCUCCACAGUUGAUGUGGUAGAGAAGACGGCCGAAAAAACAUUCCAUUCACCAACAAAUGAACUUUCACCUGUUGUUAAUGGGGAUAUCUCAACACAUCCACAACUCCACACAGUCAAAAAGGAACCAGUCAAAAACAAGCCAAGUCAAACUCCUAAAGCACCCACUUCCCCUGAGGCUAAUAAGGUGACCCGAGACUCAAUCCAGCAUUUAUCCCUGAAGAAGCUCCGUUUGCCACGGGAACUAAGCAAAGAUGAUUCUGCAACACGGCAAGACGCCCCCUCGAGCUGGCUGGACGUGGACUUUCCCAAACGGAAACUCAAAGUCCUGGUGCCCAAACUGAGCUCUUCUGGAAGUGAGAGCAAUCUUCUGGACACUUCUGGUGAGCUGGAUGAUCAAGAAUUCAUUGAGAAAAUCAAGAAACUUUGCGCCCCGUUCUCCCUCCCACCACGCAAACACAGCCUCCUCCGGCCACCUCAGCCGCCGUUCGCCAUGCCUGCCAUCAAGGAGGACCGCUUUGAGAAGACGUUUGACCCUGAGGAGUUUACGUUUGGCUUGAGGAAGAAUAAGUUCACUGUAGACGCAACCCCGAGCCUCAAAGUUAAGCUCCAGAACAAGGAGGCGCAGUCUGGCCUAAAGCCUGCCAGGGCUAGUUUGGCAGACAGGAGCUUGCUGCUCAGUGGCCUGGACACUCACUCUCGCCUCAGGGACAAGGCCGCUGUCAGAGAUGAGGAGGAUGUCAAGGAAGAGAAAGAUGACCAGAUCAAGGUGAAGUCUCGCUUGGAGGGGAGCUGUGUCCUCAGCUGCCUCACCUCCUCCAGCUUUAGAGGGAAGAGGAAUGGAGUUCAAACGCAGGCUGAUGGCACCAACUCUAGUGAUGUGUCUCCUAGUGAGGCGCCCCAGCUAAGCCCUCCACCUUUAACCCAGCCACCCCCGCCAAGCUCAACUGCCACAGCUCUACUCAGAGACACACUGGCAAAACAGAGCCCUGCCCUGAGCAAUAGAGAGGAAGCCCAGGCUGCAGAGGCUGUGGUCAGUGACUCAGGUCCUCCACUUCCGUCUUUUAACGACAUCAAGCUGCCAGACUAUUUAGAGAAGUACCUCCCCCGAGAGCCAGCAAAACCAGUGCAGAGCAUACAAGGACAGGAGCAAGUCAGAACAGAGGAGGUUAUUGGAAAAAUGACAACUCCAGCCCGUGGAGGUGAAGCUGACCUGGCUGAGAAACCAGGUCCGGUUCUUCCUGAUGCUUUGUCUCCAUGUUUUCCUGGGAUUCCUCCAACCACACACCCUACACUCCCUGAGCAUAAGCAACCUCAGUCACAGGGGAUACUUAAUAAUAAUAUAAGAAUUGCCAAGGGAUUUCACAAACGCCCUGGAAAGAUGGUGUUGUUUGAGAAAGCUCAGUUCAGUGGCCAGCCGUAUGAGAUUUACAGGGAUGUAGCAGAUGCUACUUCUCUGCAGUUCUCGCCUCUCAUAUCUGUGAAGGUCGUUAGGGGAUGUUGGUUACUCUAUGAGAAGCCUGACUUCCAGGGACGCUCCAUCGCCUUGGAGGAGGGGGCCUCUGAAUUGACAAAUGUGUGGUCAGAGCCUGGGCUGGAAACAGACCCACACAACAACCCACCCAUGGAGAUUGGCUCUAUUCGGCUUGCUGUCAGGGAUUACAGCAUCCCCCAUAUUGAUCUGUUUACUGAACCGGAGGGCCUCGGAAGAGUAACAGCUUACCACGAUGACACCAUAGAGACGGGCUCAUUUGGCAUCCCACUGAGCACUGCAUCCAUCCAAGUGCACUCUGGGGUGUGGCUGGUGUUCAGUGACCCGGGUUUCCAGGGCAUGCUAGCUGUACUGGAGACAGGAGUGUACCCUAUUCCAGAGACCUGGGGCUUCCCGUCACCCUUUGUUGGAUCUCUUAGACCACUUAAAAUGGGUGGUUUCAAAGUGGAGAAUCCCAGUGAAGUCAAGGCUGUGGUGUAUGAGAAGCCUGGCUUUGAGGGCUCCUGUUUGGAAAUUGACAGUGAGGUUUUCAGCUUUUGUGAAAGUGGAGAAGGCAUUGCUGCAGACAAAGCCAAUCUUGACUGUAAGAAACUGAAGUCUGUGGGCUCUAUAAAGAUCAUCGGAGGAUUCUGGGUGGGCUACAGCCAGCCUGGGUUCGAGGGCCAGCAGCACAUCCUGGAGGAAGGAGAAUACCUAGACUGCAGCGACUGGGGAGGCUCAGAGCAGCUCCUUUCAUUGCACCCAAUACUGAGCGAUUUCAUAUCCCCCCACCUCAAAAUGUUCAGUGACAGAGAUUUCAGUGAGCUGGGAGUCAACAUUGACCUCACGGUGCCUAUUAUCAACAUGGACGACACAGGCUACAGCAUGAAGACGGAGUCUAUUGAUGUCAUUGGUGGCGUCUGGGUUGUGUUUGAGGAGCCGGGCUUUUGUGGUGAGCCAUACAUCCUGGAGAAAGGCCUGUAUGGAUGCCCAGAGGACUGGGGGGCGCUACUGCCCAGAGUUGCCUCAGCAAUGCCUGUCGUGCUGGAUGAUUUUGAGAAUGCAGCCAAGUUUAAGGUGCAGCUUUUUUCUGAUCCAGCUUUUCAAGGCUCUGUCCUGACUCUGGGGGACAGUGUGGCCUCCCUACAGGACGGCUUCUCGGUGGCCUCCUGCAAGGUUCUGGCUGGCAGCUGGGUGGCAUUUGAGGGCCAGGACUUCGCUGGCAGGAUGUAUGUGUUAGAAGUGGGGAGCUACCCAGACCUGAGAGCAAUGGGCUGUUUCCACACGAGCUCCUCCAUCCUGUCGCUACAGACUGUUGGCUUUGAGUUCUCACUGCCAUCCAUCACUCUUUUUGAGCGGUGUGGUCUGCGGGGAAAGAGGGUGAUUCUGACAGAUGGAUCAGUGAACCUUCGGCUGGCUGGAGGCUGUAGCAGAGUCCAGUCUGUGCUAGUGGAAGGAGGCAUAUGGGUAUUAUAUGAGAGAAUCAACUAUCGAGGUGCUCAGAUUUUGCUGAAACCUGGUGAAGUGCCCGACUGGCACAAGUUUAGCAGCUGGCAGAAAAUCGGAUCCCUCCGCCCUCUUAUACAGAAGCAAGCGCACUUCCGUUUAAGGAACAGACAGACGGGACUCAUGAUGUCAGUGACCGGCGAUUUGGAUGACAUCAAACUGCUGCGGAUCCAAGAAACUGAGGAGACUGAUGGAUUAGAGCAGAUCUGGUUCUACCAGAAUGGACUUCUCCACUGCAAGCUGCUGGAGGAGUGCUGCCUGACUCCCACAGGUAGUGUGACGAUUGCAGGAAGCCGUGUGGGUCUCACCCCAGAGCCAAACAACCAAGUCCACCUCUGGAGCAUCACCCCUGAGGGAUUUAUCAGCUACACCGCCUCCAAUCUGGUCCUGGAUGUCAAAGGGGGCCAUCACUACGACAAAAAUCAACUGAUUCUAAACACCGUUGAUUCAAAUAAACUCCAACAAAGGUGGAAUGUGGAAAUUAUAUGAAAACAUAUUGCCUGCUGGACUGGAUUCCGAAUAUUAUCAGAUCCACAGCUCUACUAGAGUCUUAUACGCAGCUGUUCAAAGAUGUGGUAUGUCAUUGGAGAUGCUCAACCUUUGCUGCAGGAUAGCUAAAAUAUUUCCAAUGAGGAGGUCAACAUGGAGAGCUAUGGAUAAAUCCGUAAGAAUGUAUUACUACUCACUGAACAUAUAAAUAGUGAAGUCUGAAAGGUAAUAUAUCCUAAGGCUUAUUUUUUUGUCUUUUUAUUGGAUAAAUCUGUUUGCCUGAUGUUAAUUAACUUAAACAGCUUUAAUACUUUUUCAUAUAUUUUUAUGCAAUGUCAUGUUACUUUCCGGCUGCAUGCAACAAGAAAUACUGUUUCUCUCACAAUUUGUCCUUUUCUCUUUGUUUAAUUAAAACUAUACAAACACACAACUCUUUUGUUCACAGAAUAAAUGUAUUUUUGUCAAUAAAUGUCUUAAAUACAUUGA